ACACGGCGAGUCACAAACAAUGCGUUUCUCCUCUGCAUUUGUCCUCGCUGUCAAUAUUGUCGCUUUAGCAUCAUCAAUCUCUGCCAUGCCCACUACCGGUGACGCAGCUAGCGCAAACACGUGUUUCAGGGUUUGCACUUCUGCAUGGCAGAUCCUGUUGUUUUUCUGUGUAGUGAGUCGUAUUUUUGCUUUCACGUCGGCGGAGUAUGGCUAUUGACAGAAGAUACUAUCAAGGGGCGUGCAGAUCAGUCCACAGCGCAGCCUCACACCGACGGGCUGUAUAACGCUAGAUCCUGCAUAUUU